GUAGCCACCCGAGUAACUUACUUCAAAUCACAACAUUUGUAAAACGAUCACAUUCCGUUACAACGCUCAUGAUGAAAUUUUCGCAGUGACUCCCAGUUUUCGUUUUUAUUUUAAACCAGGACAAAAUUUUUGCAGUGUUUACGGCAUUUUUGCAACAUAGUUUAUACUCCACUUUGAAUCCGGCUUCAUUGAAACAAUGAUGCUGGCCAAGAACACGCUCUCCCGAGCACCGAAUGCCAUAAGGAGUGGAUUGACGUCAAGGACCAUUCAGGUGCGCAUGGAGUCGUUGUUCGAUCCGUAUGAACAUGGCGCGCCCAGGAUGGCCACCGAGCGAAAGGAUCUGAAGAAGAAGGAACCUGCGGACAAUACCAAGGUGCCGGUCAAGGACAUCUGCUGGAUGUCGAUGCGGCGCAGUGAGUACAAGUGUCGUUCCGACCCCGAGUUCAACGUCCCGGCCUUUAUUGACUCCCGUAAGAGAUGCCUUUCCAAUCGCUGUGCGAUGGCCUAUCCGCCGUCUGACCUCAUGUUCUACAAGCCCACCGAUAAGCUGAAUCGCAAGUACCAGCGCACCUGGUCCGAGUGCGUGGUGCAGGAGCGCAAAAGGAAGGCCGUUUGUCGGUCCCGACCGCCCAAAAUUUAUCGACGGAGCCUUCGAACUCCGCCUUUGAAGGUUUGCCCCAAAGGCAACAAGAGCCUUGGGCUGGGGCUUUGCCGCCCGAAGCCAGCGAAGAGCUCCUGCCCCAGGUUCAAGAUGCCCUUCUGCAAGCAGGCCAUAACGACCGGCUGCCGACCAGGACGCCCCCCCUCCAAUUGCAUUCGCCCCCGGACCAAGUAUCCCAGCUUUUCGGAGUGCCAACCGUAUCCACUUCCCGAUGUUCCGCCCACGCAUUGCUUCUGCAUCAACCAGCCGCCCAUGUGCGUGGUUUGGAACUAUUACCGCAUGAAGAAGUCCUAGAUGCCUAGAUCGUCCUACAGUUACCAAUUGCCAAACUUAAGAUUCGAAUAAACAAUAGGAUAUACAUUA